AUGAAAACCAUUAUUGCUUUGUCGCUCCUGGCUAUUGCCACCGCUGCACCCCAAGGACCCACAGAGCCAAUCCCAAUAGUGCGUCAAGACAGUCAGAUUAACCCUGACGGCUCUUAUCAGUUUUCCUACGAGACUGGAAAUGGUAUUUCUGCUGACGAGACAGGAGCAUUAAAGAAUAUCGGCGCCGAAGAGCCAGCUUUACAAGUUCAGGGUCAAUUCCAGUACCCAAGUGAAGAAGGUGGUAAUAUUCAGUUGAGCUAUGUUGCCAAUGAAAACGGAUUCCAGCCUCAAGGUGCUCAUCUUCCAACUUCUCCCCCAAUCCCCGCCGCUAUCCAGCGCGCCCUUGACUACCUCGCUACUGCCCCUCCUCAACCUGAAAAUCGCCGAAAAUGA